AUGAAAUCAAAAUAACCAUAGACUCCUGAAUAAAUAAUACACAUUCUGAGGUCUUUCAAGAAUUUCAUAGAGAAGAAAAAUUCAAUUAGUCCAUAGAUAAGAUGCCAAACUUGAG